AUGUUUGACAAAAGAGUUGAACGACCCAUCCCCCAAUUAACCCUACCCAUUUGCCAUUGCAAUCUCUCCCUCAUGGAAACUGGGCCGCGGACCUCAUCACAGUCAUUGAAGCCGGCACGACUUCUGCGACGAUGACCUCCAUCACCUCCGUGGAGUUGAUUUCGUAGUCUUUCGUUACCUUCAGUAAUCAGGCGGAUUAUGUUCAAGAAUACAGCAGCUAUGUGGGAUUUAUGAGGGAUGGAGCACAGUGGUUUGUGGAGAACACAGACAUUAAACUUGUUGGUGAGAUAUAUAUAUUCGCACUUAUGUUAUUUUUUAUGACAUGUAGUUUCUAACAGUCUGCGUGUAUGAUUAGGGAAUUGAUUACUUAUCCGCUGCUGCAUAUGAUGAUUUGAUUCCAUCCCACCUUGUUUUUCUAGAAGGCAGGGAAAUGAUGACCCCCUCCAAGGAGAAAUAGCAUGGAAUAGGACGCCACGAGAGCUUGGUAUUUCAGCUUAUGCUCUUCAACAACUUGGUGGUUCACAUGCUGCUACACCAAAACAAAUUAGAGAAUUAAUGAAGGUUGAUGGGCUUACUAAUGAUGAAGUCAAAAGCCAUUUGCAGAAGGAGAUUGAAGGGUAGAGAGAUUAUGAGAGUAGAGUCCUCCUCCGAAGACUAAAAUCUAGAGGAAGAAAACGUAGUGGCCACUCUACCACACACUUGGUGAGCAAAUAUCUGUAACUUUUUUUUUUUUCACAAGCAAAUAUAAAUGCAUCCUUGAUUUGUCAAAAGCUAGACUUGGACAAUAUAAAACUCACCAGUCAGUAGCCUGUGACUUAGUGCCCCUCCUUCUCUCCCAGAAACUCCUGAACUUUUGAAACCUUCUCUGUCGUCGACUCCUUUCUCCGGCUUGGGAUCGGCGGCAACCCAGUGCCCAUCCCUCAUCGCGCUCCUCCCUUUUUCCCUUUCUUCCACCCUCUGAUUCCUCCCUUUCUCCCCUUCUCUCCCCGUUUUUUCACCCUUCUCUGUCUUUCAUUUUCUUCAACCUUCUUUUACCUUCAUUUCUUCCCUUCUCGCCCUCCGUUUUCACCCUACCUCUCCAUCCCCCCUUCCUCCCCCUACUCCAUCCCUUUUUUCACUUCUCCAAACCACCAUGGUUGAUGAUUUGGAUUUACUUUUUAUGCAUUUAGCUUUCAGCUUUUUUCUCUCUUGAGUAUUUUGUAUUUACUCUGAGUUUGGUCUCAGUUGUCCCUGUUUUUAUCUCAUAUUUGGCUUCUAUGCCUUGAUCCUCUCCAAAUAUCGCUCCUCACUGUGAAUUUACAACCAUCUACCAUUGCUGCUAGUUUCAUUGGGUGUCACUUCCUAGGCUCUCCUCCGGAGGUGUACUUUGGUGGCUCGUAGCAUUUAAAGGGCAUUUUACACUAUUUGGUAAGAUUAUGGGAACGCUCUCAGUGCGGUUAGCUUGUCUACCCCUAUUUUCCGUUCAUCCGUUUGGUUCUUCAGCCCUUCUUCAGGGUGAUGGCGUAGGAUCUGCAGUUGCGGUAGUGCUGCUUUGUAGAGGUGGCUGCUUUACAUUUUCCUGUGUAAACUUUUCUGAGCCCAUUUCAUUGUAUUUUUCUUUUAUGAAGUUGGGCUUUUACUUGGCUUAUCUGCAUUCUCCUAUUGAGUUGUUUUUAAGGAAAACUAAUGAAAAGGGCUUGAAAACUUUGAGUUUUAAUGAUAAGGACAAAAUAAAGGGUAAAGUGAAUAGUACCAGGAUUGACUUUUUAGUGUAAAAAUGUGGUUUUUCGUUAAAGUGAACAGUACCGGGAGCUUUUCGUUAAAGUUCCCUUGUUUUUAUCUUGGACUGGCUUUCUCUGGAAAUUUACUUUGAUUGACCAAAACCAAAAGACUUGGACAAUAUAAUAUGAGACAAAUAGUACCUUUGAAUUUUCAACUUUUAGAGACAUCCCGUACCCAUUGAUUUGGAAAAUCCAAUUAAAACCUUCACCAAGAAGAAGGGUGAACAUAAAAUCCCUACCACCAUUGACAAUCUGCAAAAAAGAAAAAAUUUUGAUCAAAUAAUAGAUUUUGUUAAAUUAGAUAUUAGAUUAGCCACUAGAGUUUAAAACUAUUUUUUGGAGAUGCUGAUAGCAUGUUACAUGCUAUCACUGCCAAUGGAUUAUGGAGUGUUGGAUGCUUCCUUUUACUUGUAUUAAUUUAUGUAAUCAACAAAUAAUUAACCCAGUUUAGAGCUUUAAAUCCACAGUUUCUAAGUCUAUUUAAAUGAACUCCUUUUUACUUGAAGUCAUGAAUUGCAAAGCUUGAAAAAUUUCCCAAAAAAUUUCAACAUGGCCAAGAAGGCUAGCUGCAGCAGCUACCUUUUUGCUCUGUUCUUAUUUUCUAAGACUACUUUCCUGGCCAUGGCACAAAACAAUAAGACUACCCCAGUCCAUGUGUGGGUCUGGGUCUUGACUUUGAUGCCUUGUAUGGGAAGAUGGAGCUGAGCUGCAUCGAAAUCUUAACUACAAAACCAUGCUUGUUCUGCACAAAAGGAACUUCCCUUUAGAUGUUGUUGUCACAGCUUCUGCAGGUAAUUCUAUCUCUUUUCUCCUUGUUCAUGUUUUGUUUUUGCCCCUUCCAUUUAAUCCCCGUCUGUUGAACGCCUUGCAUAAUAGUUAAACAAUAAUUUAUGCCCGCGCGCGGUGUGGCAAGUUGAAAAAUUUGUCAAGUAAAUUUAAAAUUUUAGUAAAGGAGGGGGAAUUGAACUUAGGAGUUUGAGUGUUGAGGUGAUGUGUAUCUUUCUGCUUUGUAUCUAUCACUCUAACCAUCAAGUUAAAUUUUAUUAUUUUGACAUAGCACUCUCUCAGUUGUCCUAAGUUUUGCUUCCAUGAAGUCAUAUUGAUGACAAAUGAAUUAACAGUUGUUUAUUCACAUCAAAUAAGAACUUUUUUCUAAAGUAAAAACAGUAACCUUCAAGAUAUACACAGGGAUGAGUAAUGACCUAUAUGAAAUUACUGUCAUUCAUGUAAGCAAGAAGUGUGUCCAUCAAAAUCUUGACCUGCACAGAUUUACUGCUUUUCCCUGUACAGAAAAAACAUGAGUAUCUAAUGAUUCACAGAACAAAAUAUUGGGUAGUGGCAGAUUAUGUAAUUUUGGUACAGAAAAUGAUUAAUUCUAAUACAUAUAGCACCAAAAUUAUUAUAAAAAAAAAAAGUUUAAUCAAAUCUCUAUAAGACAUAGAUGUUCAGUCUACAAAAUUUAAAACUAAAGCGCUUAUAUCAAAAGAUUCCUUCAUUUAAUUCUUUAUUAUUAAAAUAAUUCAAAUAUGUAGAUAUGAACGUUAUCACAUUGAGUAGAUCAGUGAAUAUGCUCCUCUAAGCACUCAAGUUCGAAUUUCCUUUCAUAAUUUAAUUUACUUUAAAGAUAAAAAAUAUCUAAGACUAUUCUUUAUUAUAGGAAGUCAGUUUUGCAUUAGAUUAUAAAUAGGCAGUUCCCGUCAAUUAAACUUCUACAUCCGUAAUUUUAAAUUCUAGUUUGGCUGCUUUCAAUGUAGCGAAGAAUGCUUCAACUUUGAAUUAAGUGGUGGAAUCUAAGACUAUUCCCAUUUAGGCAUAUUUAACUACAAAUAAUAUAUGAGUCUUUAAGCGUAAGAAGUCAUUCAUCUUAUUUACUUGCAAAUUACAGUUUUAAAUGAAAAAUAAGUCAACUAUGAUUUUUCUUCCGAAUUACCAAAAGACGACAACAAUAGAAAUGAAUAUAAGAAGGAGAAUAAAAAUGAGUACGAAAAAAAUUAUUGAGAGAGUACCACAAAGUCAAUAAAAAUUAGUUUAAUUUCCCAUAUAAUAUUGUUAAUAUAUUCAAUGUACAUAUCUUAAUUUUCAUAGUAUAUGGUUACAUAUUUGUUCUGGCCGUAUAGAUUGGGUCAUGGCGACGACGACCGGCUGAUUCUUUGAGAAUUUCACAGGGACUUUUCCAUGUGUGAUUUUCCAGGUAAUUUUCAUGUGUACCUACUCUGCAUAUUCAUUCAUAUAUUUAUAUGUAUAUGCUUUAGCUUCACAAAUAGAUGUUACUUGCAAAUUGAGAAAGCAUUCGUUCCAAUAACAUGGGUGCCGUCAAGAAACUUUGUAUAGUCUUUUUUUGCUUUCUCUUCCUCUUGUCAUGGAUUUUCAAUGUGGCUACGGUUGCGGCGGUGGAAAACACAACGAUCCAAGUGAAUGUGGGUGUUGUUGUUGACCUCGAUCAACCCAGUCAGAGCGGGAAGAUGUAUUUGAGUUGCAUCAAAAUGGCCAUCGAGGACUUCUAUGCAUCUCAUGCUCACUUCAAGACCAGGCUUGUUUUGAACACUAGGGACUCCAAACAAACUGUUGUUGGUGCAGCUGCUGCAGCUCUAGACCUGAUAAAGAAGGUAGAAGUGCAAGCAAUCCUAGGCCCAGUGACAUCAAUGCAGGCUAGCUUUGUUGUUAAUCUUGGAGACCAAGCUCAUGUACCCAUUUUAUCAUUUUCUGCAACAAGCCCCUCUCUUACUUCACUCCAAAGCUCCUACUUCUUCCGAAUCACACAAACCGACUCUCACCAAGUGAAGGCCAUAAGUGCCAUUGUUAAAAACUUCGGAUGGAGACAAGUUGUGCCAAUUUAUGUAGACAAUACGUAUGGCGAGGGAGUCAUACCCUUUUUAAUUGAUGCAUUGCAAGAGGUUGAUGCUCAUGUCCCUUAUCGGAGUGUCAUUCCCACAUCAGCUACAGAUGUACAAAUUGAAAAAGAGCUUCACAAGUUAAUGACAAUGCAAACUAGAGUCUUCAUUGUGCACAUGUUGCCCAAACUUUGCACCAAGCUAUUUGCCAAGGCAAAAGAGGUAGGAAUGAUGAGAGAAGGCUAUGUUUGGAUAAUGACCAACGGGGUAGGAAAUCGUUUAUGGUCAAUCCCUCCAGUGGUUCUGAAUUCAAUGCAAGGAGUAUUAGGUGUGGAAACUGACGUUCCAAGCACAGAGGAGCUUAAAAUUUUCCGAAAGCGGUGGAAAAGAAGAUUCCAACAAGACAAUCCAGCCAUCAUCAAUGUUGAUGUCGAUGUAUUUGGAUUUCGGGCUUAUGAUGCAGCUUUUGCACUAGCCUUUGCAGUAGAAGAAGUUGGGUUUAAUAAAAACUCUGAUUUCCGAAAGAGGAAUAAUUCCGAUAACACAACAGAUCUUGAUACCUUCGAGGUCUCUCAAUAUGGUCCCAAACUUUCACAAGCCUUAUCUAAUACUUCAUUCAAAGGCAUAGCUGGUGACUUCAGGCUUGACGAUGGGCAACUUCAGGCAUCAACAUUUAGGAUAGUUAAUGUAAAUGGUGAUGGAGUAAGAACUAUUGCAUUUUGGACACCAGAAAAUGGUAUGGUAAAGACACUGAAUUCAGCAAACACAAGCAUUCUUUCAAUUUCAACUUCCAAGUGCAAUCUUACAAGCAUACUUUCAACAUCUAAGUGCAAUCUUUCACCGAUUAUAUGGCCUGGAGAUUCUUUCUCCGUUCCCAAGGGAUGGGAUAUCCCAACAAAUGACAAGAAGAUGAGAAUUGGAGUUCAUGUAAAGCUUGGUUUUAGUGAGUUUGUUAAGGUAACCAAGAACCCUAGCACUAACACAACGGAAGUCACUGGGUUCAGUAUUGAUGUCUUUGAGGCUGCAGUUGAAGUACUACCAUACGCUCUUCCUUACGAGUUCAUUCCCUUUGAGAAUUCUGAUGGAACAAUGGCUGGAACUUACAAUGAUUUGGUCUAUCAAGUAUCUCUUGAGAAAUUUGAUGCUGUGGUGGGAGACACCACAAUUAGGGCAAACAGGUCUUUGUACGUGGACUUCACGAUGCCCUACACAGAAUCGGGGGUAGUAAUGGUUGUGCCAAGCAGAGACACCAGGAGCAAAAAUGCAUGGGUUUUCUUGAAGCCUUUGACAUGGGACUUGUGGCUUACGACUUUUUGUUUCUUCAUCUUCAUUGGUUUCGUCAUUUGGGUACUUGAACAUCAAAUUAAUGAAGAUUUUCGCGGCCCUCCCUCACAUCAAGUUGGCACAAGCUUUUGGUUCUCCUUCUCCACCAUGGUGAUUUCACAUAGGGAGAGAGUGGUUAGCAACUUGGCCAGAUUCUUGAUGAUUAUAUGGGUGUUUGUUGUGCUAGUUCUGACACAAAGCUACACAGCUAAUCUAGCAUCGCUAUUAACAGUUGAACAACUCCAACCAACUUUCACGAAUAUAAAGGAUAUACUAAGAAAAGGGGAGAAUGUUGGAUGCAUGGAGAAUAGCUUUGUUUGCGAACUCUUGAUGAAACAAAUCGGUUUCCAUGAGUCCAAGCUUAAGGGUAUGAAUUCUAUGGAAGAAUGCGAUGAAGCUCUUUCGAAGGGGAGUGGAAAGGGUGGUAUUGCAGCUGUUGUUGAUGAAACCCCAAAUAUGAAGCUGUUCAUUGCGAAAUAUUGUUCCAAAUAUACCAUGAUUGGUCCAAUCUUCAAAACUGAUGGCUAUGGCUUUGUGUUUCCAAAGCGUUCUCCUCUUGUACCCGAUAUUUCACAAGCAGUCCUAAGCUUAACGGAAGGAGAAAAGAUCAUGAAAAUUGGGAGCAAAUGGUUCAGUCAAGAAAGCAAUUGUGAAGAUAACUCCAGGAUUCCAAGGAUCUCAAGCAACACUCUUGGUCUUGAAAGCUUUUGGGGCCUAUUCCUAAUUGCCGGGGCGGCUUCAAUUCUAGCUCUCAUCAUAUUUGUAGCUUCCUUCUUUUACAAGCAUAGGCAUGUCUUGGAGCAGCCUGAUUCCAGAACUUCUUCGAGAUGGAGAAGGGUUCGAGCCAUGGUUGAAAUUUUCAACGAAAAAGACCUCAACUCCCAUACUUUUAAAAGCCGUCAACAAGAAGAAGGAAUUGCGGGGGUUGGAGAAGAAGUUAAGGCCUCACCUAAUAGGAACUGGCCUGAAAGUCCAUUCAGCUAUGCAAACGACACUGAUAAGGUUUUUGGAUUCUACGAAGGGCAACAAACGCCAUCUACUACUAGUCAUGGGUCGCCGGAGCUUACUAUCACUGUUCAAGAAAUGGGCACAUAUACGAUGGACUCUAUAACUAGUUAGGAGGGAUUUUUCAAUGUGCCUGGAAUAUGGGCACAUAAGUAGAGAGCAAGGUUCUAAAAAACGCUAGGCGCUAGUCGAGCGGCGGGCUAGUGCCUAGCGCCUAACCAGCUAGGCGGGAUCUAGGCGGCGUAGAUGGAUUUAGGUAAAUUUCUUGUAUAUUUUGUAAAUAAAUGCAUAUUGACACUUACAAAAAAUUAUACUUGUAUGAAAUCUAUGGAUAAGAUAAUAAAAAAAUGAUAAAAUGCUAAAAGAGUAUUCAACAA